AUGCAGACAGUCCUGAGCGUUGGAGCAGCAGGCAAAAUUGGCGCCUCGGCCAUUCACGCCGCUCUGAGCUCCGAAUUUCACGUCCUCGCCAUGGUGCGCAAGCAUAUUUCGGCGGAGAAGCUGUUCUACAAUGUAGGGGCUCACGAGGGCAUCACGACGGUAGAGGCGGACAUCAUGUCUGAUCGGAGAGUAAAGGGUGUAGUAGAGAAAGUGCGGAAGGGGAAGUUGCCGGUAUAUGCUGCAGGUGCUGGUGAGUUGUUCGACAUGACGUCCAUCCUUGAUCUCACCACGGAGGGGAUAAAUAAGCACAUGCAGGUCAAUUUCGAGCCGAACUUUUUCGCCUACCAAGGUUGCCGUGUGAGGGUGUGUCAGCCGGGUGAUUUGACUGAGAUGAAGCUCAGGAAGAAGUUGGACGUGCUCUAG